AUGUCGACUUCCACCGCCAAGAGCAAGGAUGUCAAGCAAACCCACAUUCACUAUCCGCUAUGGUUUGGCGGCAGCGCAAGUUGUUUUGCUGCGUGCGUGACGCAUCCUUUGGAUCUAUUGAAAGUCCGGUUACAAACACAGCCUCACGAUGGCCCUCGGAAGAGUAUGGUUCAGAUGGCUACGCAUAUUGUGAAGAGUGAUGGAAUCAAGGGGAUAUAUCGAGGACUCUCUGCAGCGCUUUUGCGCCAGAUCACCUACAGCACGACACGAUUCGGCGUAUACGAGGAACUGAAAGAAGUCUUCAGCGAUGGGGUUAAGCAACCCUCGUUCCCGGCUCUGAUAGCCAUGGCGUCGACGUCCGGUUUCCUAGGCGGCAUUGCAGGCAACCCUGCGGAUAUCUUGAACGUUCGCAUGCAAAACGAUGCCGCCCUUCCUCCAGCAGAUCGACGCAACUACAAGCAUGCGGGAGAUGGUCUCAUUCGAAUGUUACGGGAAGAAGGCUUUGGCAGCUUAUUCCGCGGCGUGUGGCCUAACAGUACUCGUGCCGUGCUCAUGACAGCAUCGCAACUCGCCAGUUACGACAUUUUCAAGAAACAGUUGCUCGAACACACGAGCAUGGGAGACAAUCUAUACACGCAUUUUUCAGCAUCGUUCAUGGCCGGAUUCGUCGCAACCACAGUCUGCAGUCCAGUAGAUGUGAUCAAGACCAGGAUCAUGAGCGCCAAGACAUCCGAAGGCCUAUUCAGUCUCAUCACCAGAAUCACGGCCAACGAGGGGUUCAUUUGGAUGUUCAAGGGAUGGGUUCCUUCAUUCAUCCGUCUGGGUCCUCACACGAUUGCUACAUUCCUGUUCUUGGAGCAGCACAAGAAGAUUUACCGGAAGAUAAAGGGGUAUGAAUAG